AUGGCAGCGGUUUUUCAUAAAUAAAUGUUUGAGUUAUGUAGAAAAACAUUUUGGGCGAGAAGAUUUUCGUUUUCGUUGCGAUUCAGUUAACAUUUGGCCAGCGGAUUCCGCCCUCAACGGACACGACGACGGACGCGCUCAGUCAAGUUGCCACUUUUCACAUUCCAUUCCUCUGCUGGCCAUAUGUACAGUUUGCCCAAGAGCCAAAACGGAAACGGAAACGCCAGUGACAGUAGUUAACGGUUAACGGUGAAGGAUAACGGUAGAAAAAACCAAAGAUAGAAAUCAAAAUUUACAUACGUAUAUUUAAAUGCAAAAGCAAAUGCCAAGUGAAGCUAGUGAAGCGCCAAAACGAACACAGUUCCUGAGCAAAAUAGUCAAAUAACACAGUGUUGCGUCCUCUAAAUUAAGUUAAAAGAGAAUUUCAACUCCAAUAGACUACAGUGAACACCCGCAAGAAUGCACACCAGCACGGAUCCCAUGCACACUCUGCACGACAGUGUCUCCCUCUCGCCGCCGCUCAUCAAAAGCUCCAGAGGCGGCUCCUCCGGCGGCAACGGAAUCGGAUGCAGUGCCUCCUCGCGCGCCGCCGCCGCAGAUGCCAUGUCCAUGGGCUGCGAUGACAGCGACAUUGAGCCGUCGGCCAUCGGCGGAAGUAGUUCCGGCGGCGUUGGGGACGGUUCCACCGGCGGUCCAUUGGUGAAGCCACCCUACUCCUACAUCGCCCUCAUCACCAUGGCCAUUCUUCAGUCGCCGCACAAGAAGCUUACGCUCAGCGGAAUCUGUGACUUCAUCAUGUCGCGCUUCCCAUACUACAAAGACAAGUUCCCCGCCUGGCAGAACUCGAUCCGGCACAAUCUCAGCCUGAACGACUGCUUCAUAAAGGUGCCCCGUGAGCCAGGGAAUCCGGGGAAGGGAAACUUCUGGACGCUGGACCCGCUGGCGGAGGACAUGUUCGACAACGGCAGUUUCCUGCGGCGCCGGAAGCGAUACAAACGAGCUCCCACCAUGCAGCGCUUCUCCUUUCCGGCGGUCUUUGGCACGCUGUCUCCGUUUUGGAUCCGCAAGCCUGUGCCCCUCGUUCCGGUGCACUUUAAUGUGCCCAAUUUCAAUGGCAGCCGGGAUUUCGAUGUGGUUCACAACCCGGCGGAUGUCUUUGAUUCCGCUCUAAGGGCGGACAAGAAGUUUAACUUCUUUGCCAACGCGGAGGCAUCCUUUUACCAGGGAAGUCAGUCGGGUGACAAGUUCGACCGGCUGCCCUUCAUCAAUCGCGGUCGAGGAGUGGAUGCUCUGGAUGCACUGCCUCACAGCAGUGGCACUGGAGGAGGAGGUAGUGUUGGUCAGUCUGAGGGCAGCAGAGCCACCAAGUACAAAAGUCCCUACGCCUUCGAUGCGGCGACUGUGGCCAGUGCAGCGGGUAUUUCCAGCCACAGGGAUUACGCAGAUAGACUUUCAAGCGGUGGCUACAUGGAUCUCAAUGUGUACAACGACGAUGCGGACACAGAGGCCGAUGCGGAUGCGGAGGCGGAGGGCGACGACGACUCCUGCGAGGACAAGAUCGACGUGGAGAGCGGCAAUGAGCAGGAGGAUUCACAUAUCUCGGAUUCGGUGGACAGUGCCUGCACCAAUCGCCUGGAUGCGCCGCCCGAGGUGCUGAUCUUCGAGAGUGCAGAGGCGGCGGACAGAACCAGUCCGAGGACACGUUUCGAGAGUGAGCCCCUAAUGCUGAGGACCAGCAAGCAGAGCAGCGCCAAGGACUUCCGCAUCGAGACCCUGAUUGGCCACCACCUGCAUCGCAGUGCCAGCCAGGAGGAGGCCAGCGACUAGGUGUCGAUUCUCUUGUGUACAGUCCAUUGAAUGGUGAUUUCAGUUUUGAUCUAAGCACGUUUUAACACUUCACCUCCCCCACUCCCCCACCACCACUCAUCCCCGAAAAUCCAGAAAUCCGAGCAGCAAGUAGUGAUCAGUUGGUGUAUCUGUAGGAUGUAGGAGCCAGCACACGAGUUUUUAAAUGCGACCAAAUCAAAGCCAACGCUAUAGUUGCCAGUCCACUUACGUACUAAACAUAUAUCGGCGCGUAUAUCUAUGUAAAUCUGAUGCAUUGCACAUUUAUAGCAUACUUUUAACGCGAAUUCUAGAGAUCCGGAUGUCUGGACUCUGGACCUAUCUAUAUCUAUCAUGCAAGUACUAAUCAUGUGUAAGUGUGCGUGUGUGUGCGUGUAACUGUAACACAUCCAAGCAAGAGGAACACUAUUAACUAUAAAUUAGACUAAGAAUUUUGCUGAUGUUAUUGA